AUGGCUCCCUUGUACAAAAAGACACUCGUGCUCGGCGCCUCGUCAGGAAUCGGGGAGGCCCUUGCUGCCAAGCUCAUCGCCACAGGCACCAAAGUCAUUGUCGUUGGACGAAGGCGCGAAAAUUUGGAAUCGUUUGUCAACAAGCACGGUCACGGCAAUGCCAGGGCAAUUGUCUUUGACGUCACCAACUUAUCCGCUAUCAAAGAGUUCGCCGAGUCCAUCAUCAAAUCUGACCCAGAUCUUGAUUCUGUCGUGCUAAAUUCGGGCAUCCAGAGAGGCUUUGACUUUUGCAACCCUGAAUCUAUGGAUCUGAGUGUUCUUGGAGAUGAACUUAACACCAAUUACACAUCUUCCGUUUACCUGACAGCAGCCUUUAUUCCUCAUCUGAAGAAUCAAGCUAAAGGACAUCUCAUCUACGUCAGCGCUACUCUCGGUCUAAUUCCCUCCAUGAUUCGCACACCCAACUAUAACGCAUCCAAGUCCGCUCUCCAUACCUUUAUCCUCAACGUGCGUCAGCAACUUGUCGAUGGCGGGGCGGGGCAUGUACGCAUGGUGGAGGUGUUUCCACCUGCUGUACAGACCGAGUUGCACGAUGAGAAGCACCAGCCUGAUCUUAUCAAUGGUGGACAGAUUGGCAUGCCGCUUGGGGAGUUUGUAGAUAGGAUGUAUGAGGGUCUUGAGAAGGGGGAUGAUCAGUUUGCAAUUGGGCCGGGUGAGGCUUUGUUGGCCGAGGAUGGGUGGGAGACGCAAAGGACCACGUUGUAUGAAAAGGGACGUGAGGGGAUCCAGAAGUCUUUGGCGAGUUAUCUGAAGAAGUAA